GGCGGCCCGAGCGGAGCGGAGCGGAGCGGAGCGGGGCGCGAUGGGGGCGGCGGCGCGGCCGCAGUGAGCCCGGCGGGCAGCGCGGCGGGGCCGAUGGCGUUCAGCGCCUGGCAGAUCCUCUCGCCGGUGCAGUGGGCCCGCUGGACCUGGUCGGCGGUGCGGGGCGGGGGCAGCCCCGAGGAGGGGGACGCUGCUGCCGAGGAGGAUGGUGAGGAGGAGGACCGGGACCCGCCGGCGGGGGGCUCGGCCCUCGGCUUCAGCUCGGACUCCACUGAUAAUUUUGAGACCCCUGAAGCAGAAACACCAACCUGCUCGCCACUCAAGGAGUUCUGCGAGCCGCCGGGAUUGCCGGAGUCUGAGGACCGGACCCAAGAGCCAGGUGGCCAUGGUGACCUGCUGGUAGGGGAAACCCACUGGGACAGCUCGCCUGGGAAGCACCCCAAAGAUGAGGCUCAAGCAGAGAUUGGAGCCCCUAAAGCCAGUUUGGAUGCUAAAGGGGAAACUGAGCCAAACAACUUGCCCCUGAUGCAGCCCUUGGCCGGGCUGGGCUGCAAGGCUGACCCUGCUCACGCUGCUGUGGAGGCAGCCCCCCUGCCCCAUGCAGGCACAGCCACCUGGGAGCGGGCCAUGCCAGGAGGGGACACUGGCACGGGGCUGCUGGAGACGAGGGCUGAUGCCCUGGGCCAGGAGCAGCUCGGGAAAGGGAAAACACCUUCUCUGGGGAGGAGCACAGAUGGAGCCACAGAAGAGACCCAGGCAUCCUACCAGCUAGACCCUGAGCAGCAUGGCAAGAGUGUGAACGCCUUUGUGGCAGGGGCCUGCCAGCUGCAGAGCUCUGCCCCAGCAGCCCCACAACGCCUUCCCCAUCCCAAGCUGGGAGGGGACCCCGCUCUGGAGGCUCCAGGGCAGGUCCCCAAACUUGGGACUGAUUGUACCGAGGCUAGAGAGAGUGUGGAGGCCAAGCCAGCUUCACCCAGGAGAGGCAGCAGGAUCCCAGCCAGCAAGCUGACACCGAAGAGGCACAGAGAGUCCCCCAAGAAAGCAGCUGAGGAUGUGGAGAGGGGUCCCACGGAGCUGCCCCCACCCCGGGGCUCCUCCCAGCUGGGUCCCACGGGCUGGGACAGCCCCGGCCUCAACUCUCUCAGUGGCAGCUCAGCGCUGCAGAAUUCACCGGUUCUCCCCAAGGGCUCUUACCAGUUUGACCCCAAUCACUUUGACUCCAUGGAUCCAUUCAAGCCCACCAAGACACUUGCCAGCACCGACGCUGACUCUUGCUCCACUGCAGAUAACAGCCUCAAUGAAAUCCUCGAAUCUCAGACGCUGGAGAUGCAGGACGAUGCCCUGAAAGGCAGAGACUCCCCCCGGCAGCCCAAGUCACGCCUGAUAACGACUACUGAGCAAGUGAAAUUUCUCUGUUUUCUGUUGAGCGGCUGCAAGGUGAAGCAGCACGAGGCGCAGCCCCUGGCCCUGGACGUCGGCGCUCAGGAUGAAGGAGUGUUGAUCUCAGAAAUCCCAGCUAUUACAAACCGGGAUGGACAUGCCACUGAUGAGGAGAAGUUGGCCUCCACCACCUCCACACAGAAACCAGCGGGGUUGGAGAAGAAGGCCGAGGCAGAAGAUGACCUGGAGUACUUUGAGUGCUCCAACGUCCCCGUGUCCGCAGGAAAGCACAGACCAGAGGCAGGUUUUGAAAAGGAGAUCUGCAAGCAGAUGGAAAAGGGAGGGCCUGGCAUCUUCCCUGACAAUCCCGGGCUGUGCUCCAUGGACAAGUGCCCCAGCAAGAGCAGGAGCGAGAGUCCCCUGGCUGGCAUCUGCCUCAGCGAGUGUGAGAAGGCAGCCGUGCUCACACUCAUCAGAGAGGAGAUAAUCACCAAGGAGAUCGAGGCCAACGAGUGGAAGAAGAAGUACGAGGAGAGCCGGCAAGAAGUGCUGGAGAUGAGGAAAAUCGUGGCUGAGUAUGAAAAGACCAUUGCCCAGAUGAUAGAGGAUGAGCAGAGGACAAACAUGACAUCUCAGAAGAACCUGCAGCAGCUCACAAUGGAAAAGGACCAGGCUCUGGCAGACCUGAACUCGGUGGAGAGGUCCCUGUCAGAUCUGUUCAGGAGAUAUGAAAACCUGAAGGGCGUCCUGGAAGGAUUUAAGAAGAAUGAAGAAGCUCUGAAGAAAUGUGCUCAAGAUUAUCUAACCCGUGUCAAACAGGAAGAGCAGCGGUAUCAGGCCCUGAAAAUCCACGCAGAAGAAAAAUUGGACAAAGCCAACGAGGAGAUCGCCCAGGUGCGCACCAAGGCCAAGGCGGAGAGCGCGGCGCUGCACGCGGGGCUGCGCAAGGAGCAGAUGAAGGUGGAGUCCCUGGAGAGAACCCUGCAGCAGAAGAACCAGGAGAUUGAGGAGCUGACCAAGAUCUGUGACGAGCUGAUAGCGAAACUGGGAAAGUCAGACUGAGCCUCAGCACCCCUCGCCCAGCACUCUGCACUUGGCUGCUUUUCUCGUGCCGUUGAUCACCUUGCCUUACCCUGGAGUCCCCGCAGAAAAGCUCACGUGUCCAGCUGCCCCUUGGCUGCCGGACCUGUGGCUCCUGAGCAGAGCCGCUCCCCUCACUGUCCCUGCCUGCUUCCCACAGCUCCGGGGCUGGGAUCCCUGCGAACCCUGUGGUCAGCCCUGGCCCGUGUGUCCCUCCCAGGACCUGCAGCCCUGUCCCUCUGCACCAGUGCCACCUCUUGUGUGGGAGGUGGCACACCUGGCUCUGUCCCCUUGGUUGGGCUGGGUCUAGUUGUGUCCCCACUGCACUCUGUCACUGAUUGUCCUCAUGUGCUCAGCAGAACAGGUCCAGCCACGUGGCACGUCCUGCCCUGGGACGUGGGUGAUGGCAGGGCUGGACCUGCUGGCUCUUGCGCUGGGGAGGGGCACCUGGCACGGGGAUGGCUGGUCUCUGGUUCGUGGUGAAGCACAGCACAGCCUCUCCCUGUCCCUGGCUGUGCCAUCUCUGCAUUCGUGCACUUUAUGAGCAUUUAUGGGCACUUGGGCUCUCUGCUCACUCUUUCCAGUCAGGCGCGACACGAGGCACGACGUGUUCCCCCCAGAGCACUGAACAGUCACAUAACCUGCAGUAACUUCAGUCCUCUCAAGGCAGAGUCUGGGUGAGGGGAGGCAGGAUGAUUCUGCACCCAGAGGUGUUUGAGAAGCAGGGGAGAUGUUGGUUCUGGAGAGCUGGGAGUGCCAUCCAUCCUCCCCGUGGCCACCCUGCCUGUGGCCCUGGCCCCUGCAGGCCCUGGUGUUGGACACUUGCAAAGCCAGGGCUGUGUCUGUUGUCUCCCUGUGCCACGGUGAGAUCUGGGCUCCAUUUCAGAGGCUGCAGGAGGAAGGAAGUGAAUCCUGAGCUUCCUUGUGGGUACUGCAGUAGCUGCAGUGGUGGAGGAUUCUCUGCCUUGAAUGGAUAGGUGUGAAAUAAGGGAAAUAUUUGAAGUUUGGACUGUUUCCUGCCCAGCCUGUUGAACACUUUCACAAACCUUUUUGCUGCUACCUUUUUGUAACAGAAUUGAGCUCUUUUCCUUCUAUUUUCUAAUUCCCUGUGUUGAGCAUGCAGAGCAAACACCUGUUUAAGCCAGAGCCAUACACUUGAUUAUAUUUUAUUAGUUAUAUAAUAUAUAGAGAAUUUAUUCUACACUUAAGCAAAGGUGUCAGCAGCCUGCCCCAGCGCACAGCUUCCCAGCCUGUUCUCCACACCCCCAGUUAUCCCAGUGACAGACUGGUCACAGAAGCCAGUGGCUGACACCACUCAAAGCAGUGCACCUGUUGCUUGUGCUGGAUAUUCACCCUUUGCACAGAAAAGAAAAACCCUUCUCCCCCUUUCUUUUUAACUCCCUUGACCUCCCCACACGUCCCCUCCUGGGCUGGUGAAAAAGCUUCAAUGAUACAAUCGACGAGGACUAUUUCUGCUCCCCUUUGGGAGUCUGUGCAGGUAAAGCAAACCCCUGAGACCCCGAGAUUUCUGGGGCAGUUGGCUUGUUCUCUGAGGAAGCAGUGCAGCAUUGCAUAACCUCUCAGGGCUGGUGCCGGGCUGCUUCAGGGCAGGUUUCUGGCUGGGCCCUGGGGCACUGUCCUGCCGUGAGGCUGCUGGAGCCCAGGUGCAGCAGCAGCUCCCAGGUGGGCACUGUGGCAGCCCUCGGCCGUCUGCUUUGCUCAGGCCAUGGUGCUCGGUGCUGUCCUGGCUCAAGGCAGGCUGAGGUCAGUCUCUCCCUGGGGCGUGGCUCUGGCCCUUGGAGCUGAUGGAUAAUUGCAGAGGUUUUGAUUUCACCCCUUGCCACUUCCCUGAGCCCUGACCUGCACACAGCAGUCACUGCUGUGGCUGUCCCCCGUGGGCUGUCUGCAGAGCACGGCUGCACCGUGAUGAGCCCCGGGACACAGUCCUCCACCCCUGUCCCUGCCCCCGGUGCCCCCCGGUCCUGCCGUGCUGCCCCCCUCACCCGGUGCCGUUGUGCUUCUGUGCCCGUCUGCGUGCACCCAGCCUGGGCAAAGAAGAUUCCUACGGAAUGAUUUAUUAACUAUAAUAUGGUUAUAGUUCCAGAUCUAUAAAUACAUGCAUAGUGGGUAUAGUUUUAUAAUAGAAGGCAUGUUUGCCAGUGGGCAGGACGGUUGCACCUCGAGGUGAUGGUGCUGGUGCCAAGGUGAUGGUGUCGUUGUGACUGGCACAGGGAAUGGCAGGUCCCUGUACAUGGUGUCACAGCUGGCUGUGUUUGUUGUCUGUUCCUCGCAGUAGACUUUAAAUGCCCUUUUGGCAGCAGCAGGCCCUGCCCCUGCUGCUGUGUUGCUGUUUGCAGUGUGUGUUUGCCAGCAGAUCUGUCUGUAACCAAGUGCCAACCAGUAACCCCCAACUACUGAUCCCUUCCCCUGUCCCUCCAGUGUGGCCUCCCCCAGGCAGGAGCUUCCUCUGCAUUGGCUCCUACCCCUCUGCUUCCAGCCAUGUGUGUAACUGCCAUCGCCAUCGGUUUUAUAUGUAUGAUAAUUUCCCUUUUAUAUGUCAGGUAAAUAUUUGUAAGAGUUAUACUCACACAAAUGAGAUUAUUAUAAUGAUUACUAAUAUAUUUUUUCCAUGUUUCAUCGCCUGAGUAAAAACUGUGUUUAUCACUCUGGAAA